AUGGACAGCAAUUCCGAGGAUUCCUACGCCAUAUCCAUCUCGACUGACUACAACACGUUCGACGUCGACGGCCUCUGGCGCAAUGACCAAUUUGAGUCGCCAGAUGAUCCCACUGCUUUCAACGAGCUACUGCGCAUCGCAGAUGACCCAGCGCUAGAUCAUUCUGCCUUUACAUCCGACGCCGAACAAUUUGAGCAGUUCGAGCAGUCCGGCGGGUUGGCUGACGAACAAUGGUAUGCAUUGCAGGCAACUCCACAAGUUUACCCUCAGCGCCACCAUGAUAUACCCCUCGACACCAUUGACUCCAUUCACCACUCGUCAGCGUUGCACGCCUCUCGCCAUGACUCUGUUGCGACGACUGCACAGGGUGAGGAGGAGAAGCGAGCAACAACUCCUACAGACGCUCAUCCAACAUCACAGACACUUUCUGGCGCUCAGAAAGUGCAGGGCGAUGACUUGCUCUACCACAUAGAUCAGCACAAGGCCAUCUACGGACGUCACUUGGGUGAGCCUGAUGAUCAGCACAUUUCUGAGACCGACUGGCAGCAUUAUGAGAAUGGGAUCAAGGAGAUCUUUGGACGCCAGUAUUCUCAAGAAUUUCAGCCACCGGGAGCCACGCCUAGACUACAACAUACAACUUCUCAUCAGCUAGAUUAUAGCGGUCCCAGCCCUUCGUCCAAGUAUGGACAUGAACAGAUCACUGGAGCUAGUAUGCCGCAAGCACCAACUCACGACGAUUACCGUGGGUCCUGGGACACCAGAAGGGAUAUCUUUGUUCGAACUGGCAUCCUCGGCUCCCAGAAUGGUAAUAACAACUACGCAUACCCGCCAAUCGACAACGGUCGGCGUCCAGGCCAUUAUGAUGAUGUUCAUCCUGGAGAAGAAUGUCACUCAGGUCAAGGCUUGAACGGACUCCAAGAAGACGGUUAUGAAGAUGCCGUCAACAGCUCUCAAGGCGAUUACACAUAUCGGCCCUCGAGCACGCUCCAGCGUGAUGGCUACGAACAGCCGUUCCAGCCCAACAGUGACCACCACGCAUAUUUGGGACCACCUCACAGUGAACAUUUCACUGCCACUCACCCAGAUCAGUAUAUUCCAAUGCCGAUGGAUGCUGGACUCCAUCCUGAUAGACCUACUCAGAUAGUCUCGUCAGAUUCGCAGUAUCAACCGCAGACAGUCACCCCUAGAAGAUUGUUGAGUGAGGAGGAGAAGGUUCACUUGGCAAAUGUGGUACGGAGCAAACAGGUGGCAUACGGCGACCAGGUCAAUGCCAUGAUCUUGAAGCAUGAGAUCGAUUACUACCCACCGAUACCACUCACACCAUAUCCAAAGCAGCAGGACAAGUCAAGCAUCGAUCAUGGUUUGUCUGAUCAGUACGAACACCUCAGCACCGAGGAAAUUCUUGCGGGAGCAGUCCAUCCUGAUCAGAUGUUUGGUGGCCUAAUCCUUCGACUGUCCAAGACCUACAACAACAAGGACCUUGGUGAUAGAAUCGACGCGCUCCUUGGCAAGAAGAUGGACCGAAGCACAUACACCAUUCGCAUCUCAAACGCCGUCAGAGCCGCUGCGCUGAGAGAGGGCAUCACCACGGAGCAAUUCAGGGCUCGGCUGAAUCAAGAGCGGCCCCCUCAGGCUUCGAAGAACUAA